AUGAGGCCUCCCCUGGUUCCUUUCCUGCCCACCGCACCGCUGCUCGUGGCUCUGUUCCCUUGGCUAUUCACUUACCAGCACGUGGGUCAAAGCAACUGGACCCGGUGGAAGCGAGGCCUUGCUGCGUCAAGAGGAGGGAGGGAAGGUAGAGUGCCAAGAGGGACAGGAGGGACAGGAGGGGCAGGAGAGCUGGGUUUGGAGGAGGAGGACCUCUCCCAUGCGUUUGACGACCUGGGCGUUCACCACUGCAUGCGAGGCCCAGGCACUGAUGAACCGCACGGUGGUCCUGGCAGCUGGAGAAAUGAUAGAAAUCAAGGCAGCCGGGGGAACCAAACCAGCAGGGGGGAUGAGGGCAGCAGGCAAGCGCACGGGAGCAUGGGGGGCGAUGAGGAGGAGGGUGAAGGGGAGGGGGAGGAGGAGGAGUGGGUGGGAACGGAGGUGGAUGAGGCGAGUGACCGGGAGGUGGGGGAGCUUCUCAGGGUGGCGGACCCGUGGGCAACGAGUGGGCGGGAGAGGCGGAAGCUGGUGGCGGUGUGGGUGGGGGAGGUGCGAGCCACUGCUGCUGCUGCCAUCGAGGCCGAGGUGGACAAGUAUGCCAGGUAUGGCCCGUGCUGGUGCUGGUGUGAAGGCAGGUGGUGUGGUGUGAAGGGCGGUGCUGGUGGUGUGAAGGGCGGUGCUGGUGGUGUGAAGGGCGGUGCUGGUGGUGAGUGUAGGCUGCGUAGUGGCCGGCCCGUGAUGAUGAAGCUAGGUGAUAGAGUUGGGAGGACGAUGUUUCUUGUGUGUGCCUGGCUUGUUACCGUGCGCUUCCUGCUUGCAUGUGACUUGCUUCCAUGUGUGAUUGAGCAUGCAGGAAGGAAGGUGAGGGAGCGCAGUGAGCUACAGCAGGUGGAGGACCUACAGGUGCCGAGGAGGGCGCAGGUGGUGGGCAUGACCACGUCCGGGGUGGCCAAGAUGCAGCGCCUCAUUACGGCACUCGGCCCACGAGUCAUUAUCGUGGAGGAGGCUGCAGAGGUGCUGGAGGCGCACAUCCUCACGUCGCUCACCCCGCAGACCCAGCACGUCAUUCUCAUAGGCGACCACAAGCAGCUGCGGCCCAAGGUGGAGGUGUACGAGCUGAGCAAGGACUCCCACAAGGGCUUCGACCUGGACGUCUCUCUCUUUGAGCGCCUCGCGCUCUCCCGCCAGAUCCCCGUCUACACCCUCGCCACGCAGCGCCGCAUGCGCCCGGAAAUCGCCGACCUUGUUCGCUAUACCAUUUACCCGGACCUGAGGGACCACCCGUUCGUGCAAGGGUACCCAGACGUGCGGGGCAUGGCAGUCAAUCUGCACUUCUGGGACCACGACAGCCCUGAGAGCGGCCGGGACGACCCGGAUGGAGGCAAGUCCAAGUCCAACGCAGGGGAAGCAGCCAUGGUGGUGGCCCUCGCCACGUACCUGCUGCAGCAGGGGUACGCAGGAGGAGAAAUCACCAUCCUCACGCCCUACGUGGGUCAGCUGCUGAAGCUGCGCCAGGCGCUUUCCCAGGUGGUGGAUGUGCGCCUGGGGGAGGGCGAUGCUGAGGAGGUGGAGAAGGUAGAGGACAAGGCGGGUACUGGGGGAGGUGGAGCUGGGGGAAGGGAGGCUGAUGGGGAGGCUGCGGGGGCUGAGGUGGGGAAGGGGAAAGGACUGGGGCUGGAGCUUGCUGCACCGAAGGCGACCAUGGCGAAUCUGAAGGAUGCAGUGCGGCUGGCAACUGUCGACAAUUUCCAGGGCGAGGAGAGCACGGUGAUCAUCAUCUCCCUCGUGCGCCACAAGCCGGACGGCGACAUUGGAUUCCUCAAGAGCCCCAAUCGCACCAACGUGCUGCUCUCCCGCGCCAAGCACGGCAUGUACAUCAUCGGUGCAUGUGGCAUGUGGGUAGCUGGCAACGCCAGCAGCAUGUGUGCAUGUACCUCCAAGGCCUCACUGUGGCCGCAGAUCAUGGGCAUGCUGGACAGCCGGGCGCGCGUGCAGAGGUUCAUCCCGCUGCGCUGUGCGAGCCACCCCGACACGGUGACGCACAUCCAAGGCACGGGGGAGUUCAAGGAGAAGGCCAGUGAGGGCGGCUGCUCGCAGAUGUGCAGCUUCCGACUCACUCCCUGUGGCCACACCUGCCCCCGCAGGUGCCAUGCGGACGACAGGGCACACGCCACCACGUUUUGCGCCAAGGAGUGCAACCGCAUCCGCCCACUGGACGAGUGCCCUCAUCAGCACACGUGCCCCAAGCAGUGUGGCGAGAACUGUGGGCCCUGCAUGGUCACCAUUAGGGAGGUCACUCUCCCGAAAACGGUGGAAGUCACCAUGCCGCUGUGCGGCCACAGGCAGCAAGUCAUGUGUGGCGAGGCGGCCACCACACUCACCAGCCCCAAGCGCUGCACCGCGCGCUGCGGAACUCUCCUCUCAGACUCCUGCGGCCACGCCUGUCGCUCCCUCUGUGGCCAGUGCAUCGUUGCUCCAGAUGCUAACACAGACCAUGGCCUGGGCUUGCAGCAGCACCAGCAGCGGUUGGAGAGAAAGCACAAGGAAUGCACGCAGCCAUGCAAACGCGACCUCCCCUGCGGCCACCUCUGCCCGGACCCCUGCCACCUCGGCAAACCCUGCAAGCCCUGCACCAAGAGGUGCCUCGUGACCUGUCAACACAGCUCCUGCCCCCAACCCUGCCACCGGACCUGCUCUGCCUGCGCCGAGCCUUGUGGGUGGAGCUGCAGGCACCAGGGACGGUGCUCCCUGCCCUGCGGUGCCCCCUGCAACCGCCUCCCGUGCGACCAGCGGUGUGACAAAAGGCUCUCGUGCGGCCACCAAUGCCCGUCUCUCUGUGGCGAGAAGUGCCCUUCUCAGGCGUUUUGCACGGUUGAAGGGUGUGGGUCGAAGAAGAAGAGGGAGAUGAGGGUGGAUCUAAUUACAUGGGAGACGCUGGGGGAGAUUGAUCCCAACGACAGCCCUUUGCUUGUGCUGCCAUGCAAACAUCCUUUCACUGUCGAUUCCCUCGACGGCUACCUGGGGCUCAGCCAGGUCUACCAGGAGUCAAAAGGUGCUUCUGGUGGCUGCAGUGCGGUUGGAGGCGGUACGGACGCAUCGGCAGGCAAGUGGGUGGCGGUGCGGCCUUUUGGCGAUGCCAAUCUGGCCGCCCUCAAGAGCUGCCCGGACUGCCGCCAGCCCAUCACAGGGCUGCGCCGGUAUGGCAGGAUGGUGAACAGGGCUCUGCUGGACGAGUCAGAGCGCAAGUUCGCCCUCAGCUGCAUGGCCGACCAGCAGCAGCUCCAGCACAAGCUGUCCACGCUGAGCCAAGCUCUGUCUGCAUGUCCAGAGGCUGCUCCCUCCAGGCAGCUGGAGGAGCUGUCGCAGGCUGCGACUGUCCUUGUGGCGGAGGCAAGCAAGGUGCGACGCACUGCAUUGGAUCCGCCCACCCAGCAGGCCUACCAGGCUUCUGUAGCUGCGCUGCAGAGAAAGCACCUCCGGUUGGGAUCAUUGUCGUUCAGAGCAGCACGGUUGCCUGCAGAUUCGCCUGCACGUUCGCAUGUGUCAGCAUGGGAGGAGGAGUGCCAGCUGCUGUAUGUCCCCCAGCCAGACCCCUGGCCUCUCUGUGAGGCGCUCAUGCUGCUGGGGAAGGCCUACCAGUUGCUUAUGACUGCGAAUUUCCUCCACCUGCGCUGCCUGCUGAGAGAACUCCGCGAUGUGGCUGGUCGGACUGACAAGAACAGUACAGUUAGAGCAACCUCUUUGGCCCAGCGGGUGGGGGAUUGCAGGGAGGUUGUGCGUAACGCGCUGGGGGAUGCAGAGAGGCAUGUGGGGGAGGCGGUGGAGUGGGCUGGCAGGCGCAAGGCGCCUACCUGA